AGUAAUAAAAAGCAAAAAGUUUUCACUUGUGCAAGAAUUAAAAAUCAAUUUAUUAAAUUUCAAAGAUGGAUGAAAGCAUAGAAUCUAGUCCUCAAAGUUCCUACAAAUCUGUAUAUCAGACACGAAUGCAAAGGAAACAUAAAUUGCAGAAACGUAGCCCAUGUUUUCUUCAGUCUAACGAAAAUGAUGAGAAACUGCGCCAAGCUGCUCUACUUGAUUUCUACGACAACAUGAGUGAAGAAAGUUGCUUGGACGGCCCAAAAGAAUGUGAUAUUAAUAAAACAUUUGUAAUUCAAAAAGAUAUCGCUUUAGAAAGAAGCGUGAGUCGAUACGAAGAUGAAAUAAUGUCCUUAGCAGAUUCCCGGUCUUAUGUGCAAGCGCCAUUAGCCAAUUUUGACGAUUUCACACCCUCGCAAAAAUUUACGCCAUGUCAUGAAUUAGUAUCACAGUCUGCCAGGUUAUCAACAAGUGGAAGUGAAUUUCAUAUCACUGAUACAGACUUAAUCGAAUGUUGCAAGAAAGUGGAAGUUAUGAUGAAAGAAGUAACCGACAUAGACGCACUACAAAGUGCUCGUGAUGACAAGAACAAUAAGUCAAUAGUAGACAUAAUAUUUGAGGACUUUUCUACAACGCCUUUUAACAGUCCUAUAGUAUCACCUGAGAGUAAAUUAAGAAAUAUGGAAAGGAGCCCUUUAUUUAUUUUAAUGGAGAAACCUAAACGCUACUACAGCCGCAAAUUUAAAGAAAAGGUGAAAUCAAAUUUGGAGGAAAAAUUCAAGGCCGCUAUUGAUGACAAUAUGAGUACGUGUUCAUCUUCAUUAUCUUCAUUAUCCAUUCAAGGUGAUUUUACGAGUAUCGAUGAAAAUGAGAGGAUUGUUUUACCAAAUACUUCUCAGCAUUUAUGUGAAAAUCUUUUGCAAAUAAGUAAUUAUUUUACGCAAAGUUCGAAUAACGAACUUAAUUUAAGAAAAGAAAUUUUGACAUCGAAAAGAAAAAUCGACGACUCGUGUGAAGUACCGCCUAACAUAGUACUUAUGAUUGAAGAAAUUCUUGCUUUAAAAUCUAAAAACAUCGAGUACCUCGAAAAAGAGCAGGAUAUUUGCGAUGGAGACUUUUUGGGAUUUCCUGAGAGGUUGCAAUGCAAAAAAGAUGAGCAUCUUCUCGAUGUUUGUAAUCAAUUCGAUGACACUUUAAUUGACGAACAUAUCCUAAAUUUGGAUUUCAAAAAGUCAUACGAUUCCACAUCAGAAAGUUCAGAUCGAGGUUACGACAACAUCGAGGAAGAGGAGACGUACAAAGUAAAUCAAACUUUAGUGCCAUCUAAUCAGUGUAAAACUGGGAUAAGUAAAAAUUAUCAUUGGGAUGAAGAUGACAAUGACAUUUUUGCAUCCAUAAGCACUCAAGAAAUCUUACAUCAAAACGUGAAGGUCAUUAAUAAUUUUCCCCAUAUGUCUAAGUUCCCAAUAAAUAAGCAGAUAACUCAGGGUAACCAAAGAGAUAAUAUUAGUGGGUCCUCUAAGAAAUUGGUGCUGAGAGAAAGUAAUGUUGCAUCAGGACUUCAAAAAGCUAGUGGAGAACCGCUGGAGUUAGGAGUAGGUAAAAACGCAGUUGGCGUGAAUGGAAUUUUUAUUGAAAAUGAAUGGGAAGAAGUGAAAAGUAAAGUGAAUCGAGAUGAAGUGGGCAAGGUGAAUAAUCCAGGAAGUUCGCUUAUUUCUGCAAGUUUUCAAACGGCGAAUGGUAAAAAAAUCUCCAUAUCGGAAGAAAGCCAAAUAUCCGUACAAAAAAUUCUAAAAGAAUUUCAAGACAAUUUGCAGGAAACGAAUUAUGAAACUGAACUAAAAGAAAUAAAAGCUCGGAUGUCGAUUAAAAGUAUGAAGUCCAAGUUUGAAAAAACUGCAAACAGCAGUGUGCAAAUAGCAAACAAACCAGGCUUUCAAGCGAUGUGCGAAAAAGGCAAAGAAACAUUUAAGCAUUCUAUACGAGUAAAUGGAGUAGAAGGAAUGGAAAAUAAAGUUACCUUUAAAAUGCAUCAAGAUAAUGUUGGCAAUGUCAUUAAUCCGGGAAGUUCGCUUGUUUCUGCAAGUUUUCAAACAGCGAAUGGUAAAACAAAACCCGUAUUGGAAAAAGAAAAAUACAAAGAUAUAAAAGAUCGCAUGGAAUUUAAAUCUAAAAAAAUUGCAAAGGGUAUUGCACAAGUCGACAAAACCACAGGUUUCCAAACGGCUAAUGGCAAGAACGUGCUCAUAUCUGAGAAAGGGAAAAAACGUGUGGAAGGCCUGCUAAACGAAUUUCAUCAAAGUGAAGGUGAUGGUGACAUUGAGAAUAAUUUGCUUUGUAUAAAAAAUAAAGUUAAUUCCAAAAAGCAAAGCAUGCUGUCUGAAAAAAAAACUUUGAAGACAUCGUUAGCAAGUAGGAAAGAAGAAGAAUAUCACCUCAAGUUGGGCCGCAAAUUGUCCACAGAUGAGAAAAAGCCAAAUAUAAAAGUUGAAAACGAUGAAGAAUGUGGAGAGAUGGGAACGGAUUAUGCUAAUAUUGUAUUAAGUGAAUGGGUUCUUACUCAAGACAAUUCAAAACAGUUUGCAUGUCUACAGGCCGAUGAUACACCAUUGUUGGCUCCUAAUGAUGAAUCCAAACAAACCAUUUUAAAAUCUCAAAAUACUUGGCAACAUUUAAACAUCGGGCAUUCGACUUUAAAUGCUCCAAUGAUGAUUCGUAAAAAUCGGUUGUUGUCAUUAAGUCAAAAGAAAAAAGAACAAACACCGAGCAAUCAGCCGGAAGGACCAUGUACACCAAAAACGGCUCGAAAACAUUUUUUAUCGUUAUGCAAGAAACCUAGCAAAGAAAUUAACUCAACACCCCGAGAUCAUUCUACAUUUCAAAGACAAGAAUCCCUACUUAUUCCUAACAAUUUAAGAUCACCCAAUGAAAUCUGUGAGACUCCUAAUAGAAAUUUCUUACAAACCGAGACUACGACACCCGAACUAGGGGAGUUUCUUAAUAAUGCUGUUGAAACAAGUACACCAUGUACCAAUAGAAAGUUCCCCCUUCAGGAAACGGAAAAAGAUCCCGAUGCAUUUUUUUGGAUAAAUAGAUGCAAUUCUUUAAAUAAUAACAGUCCGAUUAGUACCGCCACUCUCUCUGAUAGUACCUGCUGUAACUUAAGAGCUAAUUCAAUAAGUAAAUUAACGCCUAAAGAACGAAUGGAACGUUUAAGCAUGUACGGGCAAGCACCUUCAAUGAAUCUAUCUCCUGUACUAAUGGAAAAACGACAAAAGAACUGGCGGCCAUCGGGCUUAAGACGUACUCUUAGUAACUCAAAGAAGUAA